AUGUCAUGGCAAGCAUUUCUGAUUUUUGGAGCAAUAUUGUAUGAAAUUGAUACUAUACAGUCUGCUAUUAUAGCUAACCCGACCUAUUUAACUAAAAAUGGGAUACCAUGCGAUUGGGAAGACAUUAUAUUUUUCAAUAAAUUUGUGCCUGGUGUUAUUACUGCUGUGGAGUGGUGUUCACUGGAAGUCAAUGUUGAUUGCCAACGAAAAUGCUACGUAGGCUAUGCCCUGUAUCAAUAUUGGGAAGGUUAUAGAUUCCGGUAUUUCACAAAAUUUUACAAUGCUUAUUUUAGAUCCGGACUCUACAAUUCGCCAGUUUUGUUUAUUACAGGUUCUCAAGGAAGUUUCAAGACAGUCAGAUCAUUAGCAACAACUGUCUAUAAUUUUGCACAAUAUAGUUCAUCACUUGAUUACUACAGUGUUGAUUUCAAUGAAGAACCGUCUGCUCUCAGUGGUGAAAUUAUUGAACGUCAAACUGAUUUUGUGGAUAAAGCGAUCGAUACUAUUUUAGGAACAUAUGCUAACCGACCUAAUCCUCCUGAACAUAUCGUGUUAAUAGGUCAUUCUGUUGGUUCUGUAGUAAUUUUCAACUUGUUAUCAUCACGUUGGAGUAUAACUCAAACUAAAGUCAAAUUAGUUUUAUCUUUGGCUGGUCCGAUUUAUCAACCAGUUAUUUUGCCAGACCGUUCAAUGGCGCAAAUUUAUCAACGUAUACACAAUUAUUUGGAUGAGAUUUCAAAUAUUCCCGAUUAUCCUUUAGUAAUUAUAUCAAUUACAGGUGGUUCUCGAGAUCGAAUUGUUCCUGAUUUACUUGGAAAUAUUGAUCAAGCUUAUCCUGUUUUAAAUUCACUCAGUUUAUCCACGUCUGCAAUUCAGAAUGUUUGGGCGUCUUGUGAUCAUCGGUGUAUUCUUUGGUGUUUACAAUUGAUGUUGGUAUUGAACAAAGGUUUACUUGAACACAAUUCACUUUCUUCAGAUGCUAUCAGUCGUUUGAAUAUAUUUCGUAAUCUACUUAUUACAAGACCUUUGUUAUCAUAUACUAUUCAUCAUGAUCAUGAUAAUUAUCAAGAAUCCAACUUCAAAUUGUCACAAACAAUUUCAUCAGAUAUGUUUUGGAUUGAUAAAACAAACCAACUGAAUUCUAUCAUGAAUUUUUAUGUGCCCUAUAAUGGUCUACUAGUUAAAUUUGGUCCAUUUUUCUUCAAUCCAGAACAACAUAUUUUGAUCUUGGUCACUAAUGCACCAGAAGACUGGCUUCAUUUAUGCAUUGAAAUAAAUCAUACAAGUAAUAAACAUUGUGAUUAUUUUGUUCCAAUUCCGUCAUCAUUUGUCACUUGGUUACCGGAUCCACUAACUGGAAGAUCGAUUGCAGCUGGUUUAAUUACAUUACCAAUGCUACAAAAAUUAAAUGUGUUUCACAGCUUAUCACUACCACUUACAAAUCAAGAUAGUAUUGAUGAGUUCAAGUUGUAUUUAGUAAUCUCAAGUGGUAUAAAUCCAUUUUGGGAUAAUAUGACAAUUUUGUUUGAUACAUUCGAUAAUGCUACUGAACGAAUUCAUUCAAAUCUACCAUAUUAUCCAAGUAUAUCAUCCUAUUUUGGUGAAAAUUCCAUAAUAACUUUCAAUCCUAAUAUAACAGGAAUAUUUCAUCGUUUUUAUUUACCGAAUAAAAAUUAUUAUCUAAGCUCAUCUACAAUUGGACCAGAUUUAUUGAUUAAACGAACAAAUUGUUCUGCUGAUAAAAGAUUUAUGGGAAUGGUUACUUUGAAUACAAUUUGGUGUAAUUAUUUCCAAUAUGUUACAAUUGAAAAUGACAAAACAGAGAUAUCUUUUCAACUUCCAAUAUCAUCGAUAUCCUUUUCAAAUUAUUUAAAAGAAUCUCCUUCAUUUAUUGAUUUCUAUUUGGAUCCAAAUUGUGUUUAUGAAGUGUCUGUUUAUUAUUCUAUAAUUAGUUGGUUUUCUCAAUUGAUUCGUCUUCAUUGUACACAUUUUGGUGGAUUACUAUGUGGACAUUUAGUAUUAUCAUUAGUUAUAUUAACAUUUCGAUUAAUUUCAUUUAAUGAAAAUCAUUUCUUGCCAAUCUCUCAUCAUAACUUCUUAUCAAUAAUUCGUGAGAUAUAUUAUCAUCAAGCUGUUGUUUUACUACAUUUUCUGAGUUUUCAACUAAUAUCUUUACCUUAUUCUGAAUGGAUUGAAUUACAACAAAUUGGACAACUUGGUUUACGUUUCAUUCAUACAAUUAAAUUAUUAUCAUUUAUUGAUUUUUCUAAUAAUUUAAUAUUGAUUUUAAAUCAUUUACCAUUAUUGAUUAUAUCAAUACCAUAUGGAUUUAUAAUACCAUUAUUAAAUGUUAUUAUUGAUAAAGGAUUUUUAUUCUUAUUAUCAUUGUCACCAUCAUCAUCAUCAUCAUCACAAGUCAUUCAUCGAAAUAAUUAUCCUAUAAUGAAACAUAAUGAUAAUUUUAUUUCAUCUUCUACAUGGAUUAUGAAUAUUUCAACAUUGUUUAUUCUAUCUAUUGCUUGGUUAUUAACUGAAUCAUUAGCUGUUCUCUUACUCAGCUUAUUAUUAUUGAUGAAUAAUAUUUUAUUUGAUCAACAAAAUUAUAUCAAAAAUAUACAAAAAUCAUUAUGUAAUCAUAAUAAUAAUCGAUUGAUUCAAUUAAUCAAUAAUAAUAAUAAUAAUAAUCAAUAUCAAAUGAUAAAAUAUCAAUUAAAAUUAUAUUAUUUAAUUAAAUGUCGUUUAUUUAUUUUAUUAUUGAUUAUUAAUUUAUUAAUGUUAAAUGAUUGGAUAUUAUUUAUUGAAAGAAUUCAAUUAUUGGAUUAUAAUAUUUCUAGUUUAUUUUUACAUUAUUCAUCAAUUUUACAAUUUAAUCAUAUUAUAUCUAGUACUUUCAUUUUAUUAUUUACAUCAAUAUGGUUAUUACAAUUUAGUAUAAUACAUAUUAUUCAAUCAUCAUCUUCUUCCACCUGCUGUUCAUCCUCUUCCUCCUCCUCCUCAUCAUCACAGUCAACGUCAUUAUCAUCAUUUUUAUUAUUGUUCUAUAGUUGUCAUAGUAACAACCAUUUUAAUAUUAAUACUAAUAAUUAUUUUUCAUUAUAUAAAUUUUUAAUAUUUUGUUGUCAAUUAAUUAUUAUUUGUUUAUUAUUUAAUUUAUUUAAUUUAACUAUAUCAUUUUAUAAAAUUGUACAAUUUACUAUAUUUAGCCUUGAAUGUAUUAGUUUAAUGUUAUGGUUUUCAUGUAAAUCUUACACUAUGAAAAUAAAAAAUUGAUCCAAGUGUUU